AUGUCUACAGAGAGCCAGCCCGCUUCUCGAGAUGCCGACCACGAUAGGUUGCCACCGCACCGCAAGAAUAUCGUCUUCGCUGUUUUAGCCUUCUGCAGAUUGCUGGCCCCGAUAGCAAGCACAACGGUAUUGGCGGCUGUUCCUGAACUCGCAGAAACCUACCAUACCGACGCUGAGGUCAUCAACCUGAGUAAUGAGUUCUACAUAGUGUUUAUGGGGCUCUCCCCGUUGCACGCUACUCUCCUCUUCACCUCCAGCAUCCUCACCGCCCUCUCCCCACCCCUCGCCGCCUUCUACGCAUUCCGCGUUCUAACCGCGUACCCCAGCACCGCUUUCCUCGUCCUCGCCCAAAGCAUAGUCGGCGACAUGUAUAUCCCCACAAAGCGCGGCACAGCCACGGGCUACGUCCUCACCGGCUCGCUUGCCGGGCCUGCCCUAGGCCCCUUCGUCCGCGGCAUCAUUGUCAACUAUAGCUCCUGGCGUGGCAUUGUUUGGCUGCAGACUGCACUUGCAGGCUGGCUGCUGUGCUGCUGCGUGGGCUGGCUCUCCCCGAUCACGGGCACGCUGCUCGUCAUCUCAACUAUCGGUAUCUGCUUCACGAUCCGUUCCGACAAGGAUUGGCGGGAGAAGCGCGACGUUAGUGAUGCGGAGACAGAGGCCGUAGUGGAGCCUAAAGGUGCGCCUACGCCGUCAGCAUCGCCGCACUCGAACAGCGGUGCGGAAGGAGAUAAGGAGGUGGAAGUGAUAUGA